AUGGAAGCCGUGGGACAUAUUAAAACUUCUACGGCGGCCCCGCCGCCUCCGGAGCCGCUGUACAAGAUCAUCCUUGUGGCGGCAAUAGCCGCCGGGGUCCAGUUCGGGUGGGCCCUACAGCUCUCCCUACUCACCCCGUACGUGCAGCUGCUCGGCAUACCCCACGCGUGGGCUGCCAUCAUCUGGCUAUGUGGGCCCAUCUCCGGCCUCCUCGUCCAGCCCAUCGUCGGCUUCUACAGCGACAACUGCACGUCGCGAUUCGGCCGACGCCGCCCUUUUAUAGCCGCCGGAUCCGGCCUCGUCGCCGUUGCAGUCUUCCUGAUCGGCUUCGCCGCCGAUUUGGGCCACGCAAGUGGGGACUCGCUCGAGAGGGCCUCCAAGCCCCGGGCAAUAGCUGUAUUUGUCGUCGGAUUUUGGAUUCUAGAUGUCGCCAACAAUACGUUGCAGGGGCCAUGCAGGGCACUUCUAGCCGACUUGUCGCAUGGCAGCUCGAGAAAAAUGAGCAUGGCUAACGCGCUCUACUCCUUCUUCAUGGCGGUCGGCAAUGUGCUCGGUUACGCCGCGGGCUCGUACACGCACCUGUACCGAGUCUUCCCCUUUUCGAAAACCCGAGCCUGCGAUGUUUACUGCGCGAACCUAAAGUCGUGUUUUUUCAUCUCCAUUGCCUUACUACUCACCGUCACUAUAGUGGCGCUAACCGUCGUCCGAGAGUCGGUUUUCGUGUUACCCGAGCCGCAGGCGGCGAAAAACGGGAAGAAAAGAAUCCCGGUUUUUGGGGAAUUAAUCUCUGCGCUGCGGGACCUGCCGAGGCCGAUGUGGGUGCUUUUGCUGGUGACGUGUCUGAACUGGGUGGCGUGGUUCCCGUUUCUGCUGUUUGAUACGGACUGGAUGGGCCGGGAAGUGUUUGGGGGUGAUGUGGGGAACGUGCUGUAUGAUAGAGGGGUAAGGACCGGGGCAUUGGGUCUGAUGCUGAACUCGGUGGUGUUGGGCCUGGCCUCGCUAGGAGUGCAGGCCGUGGCGCGUGGGCCAGGGAGGGUGAAGAAGAUGUGGGGAGGGGUGAAUUUCCUGCUGGCGGCGUGUUUGGCGAUGACGGUGGUGAUUACGAAGUCGGCGCAGGAGUCGAGGCGGCACGGCGUCGGCGGCGGCGUGGAGCAUCAACCGGCAGCGGGGGUGAAGGUUGGGGCGCUGGUGCUUUUCGCGGUGCUCGGCGUGCCUUUGGCGGCGACUUUCAGCAUUCCAUUUGCUUUGGCUUCCAUAUUUUCCAGUAAUUCUGGGGCUGGACAAGGUCUGUCUCUGGGAGUUCUGAAUCUUGCAAUUGUCAUUCCACAGAUGUUCGUGUCGGUGGCUAGCGGGCCAUGGGACGAGCUAUUCGGAGGGGGAAACUUGCCGGCGUUCGUGGUGGGUGCGGUGGCAGCUGCCGCCAGCGGCAUCUUCGCCCUCACAAUGCUGCCGUCGCCGCCAAGUGAUGCCAAGGUUGUCACCACCGCCGGAGGAUUUCAUUGA